AUGGCCCUCUCGCCUUCUCGUCUCACUGCUCAUCCACGCCUCCUGUGUGCCUCUUCCAUCGGACAUCUGCCCAUCCCUCCUGCUCCAUGCUUGAUGACUCUUGCCCCUCCUCCCCUCCCCUCCCAUCCCCUCCCCUCCCCUCCCCUCCCCUCCCCUCCCCUCCCCUCCCAUCCCCUCCCCUCCCCUCCCCUCCCCUCCCCUCCCCUCCCCCCCCCCUCCCCUCCCCUCCCCUCCCCUCCCCUCCCCUCCCCUCUCCUCCCCUCCCCUCCCCUCCCCUCCCCUCCCCUCCCCUCCCCUCCCCUCCCCUCCCCUCCCCUCCCCUCCCCUCCCCUCCCCUCCCCUCCCCUCCCCUCCCCUCCCCUCCCCUCCCCUCCCCGCCCCUCCCCUUCCCUCCCCGCCCCUCCCCUCCACCCCGGAGGCCUGUGGACGGAGGAGCCUGAGACCACACCGCACCCGCUUGCCACCCUCACGGCCAUCGCCCUCUCCUGCGUGGUCCUCUCCCUCCUCGCCUCGCUGCUCCUCCACUUUGCCGCGCUGCGCGCCUCCUCCCGCAUGCACUCACUCAUGCUUGCCUCCGCGCCGGAAACCACACCGCACCCACUGGUCACGCUGGCAGCCAUCGCCCUGUCCUGUGUGGCCCUCUCCCUCCUCUCCUCGCUGCUCAUCCACUUCGCCGCGCUGCGCGCCUCCUCCCGCAUGCACUCACUUAUGCUUUCGUCCGUGCUCGCCUCGCCGCUGGCCUUCUUCCACCGCAACCCCACGGGCCGCGUGCUGAACCGGUUCAGUGAGGACCUCGGGGUUACCGAUGAUGUGCUGCCCCAGCUGCUGCUGGAUUUUCUGAAUGGCCUCCCAACCAUCCGAGCCUUUUCCCAGCAGCGCCGCUUCCACCGCCUCUUCCUGCGCCACGUCACCGCCAAUGCCACCCCGCACCUAUUCUGGAUCGCCACGUGGGAGUGGCUGGGCUUCCGAUUGGACCUCCUCGUUGCCGCCGCCCUGCUCUCCGCCGCCCUCGCCGCCGUGGCCCUGCGCCACUCGCUGCCGCCCGCCAUGGCCGCACUGGCUUUGUCUUAUCUGCUGCAGCUGCCGGACUCCCUGCGGUGGGCGCUGCAGUAUGGUGUGGAGCUCGAGAACACGGUGAGAGGGGGGGGGAAGGGUGGGGAUUGGGGAACAGCCAGGGGUGAGGGAAGGGAGGGAAGGGAAGUCUUCGGACUCCCUGCGCUGGGCGCUGCAAUACGGCGUGGAGCUCGAAAACACGGUACUGAAGAGGGUGGGGAGGGUGAGGCAGGGGGGAGAGACAAGGGCAAGGGAAGGGUGCUGGAUUCCCUGCGGUGGGCGCUGCAGUACGGCGUUGAGCUGGAGAACACGGUGAGGGGAGGUUGGUUGGUUGGAGGGGGUGCGGGGAAAGUGAGGGACAGAAAGGCUGCCAGACUCGUUAUGGUGGGCGCUGCAUUCACGAGUGUUGAGCGCACACUCGAGUACACCACGCUGCCAGGGGAAGAGCCUACACCUGCCAAAAGUAAAUCCAAGCAUCAGCAGCACAACAAGUGGCAGCAGCUGCAGCAGCAGCAACGACAACAGCAGCAGCAGCAGCAGCAGCAGCAGGAAGGCCCCACCACCAAAUCCUCCGUACCCAGCUUGCUGUUCGGAGCACUGCAAACAGCAAUCAGGCGCCUGUCCUUUAAGAUGGACAACAUCAUCAAGCCACUAUUCUCUCGCAAUCCGCCCUUCACCCACUGCCAAGCCACUGAUGCAGCACCAAACAGCAAGGAGGAGGAGGAGAGGAACAGCAGAAGCGCCGUUUGCCCCUCGUGGCCGUCAGCAGGGGCAGUGCGAGUGGAGCAGCUGACAGUGCGGUAUGGCAGUUCAGGGCUGGCAGUGCUGCGCAGCUUGAGCUUUCAGCUCGCAGGGGGAGAGAAGUGCGGUGUGGUGGGGCGAACAGGAAAAUCCACCCUCAUGCUCGCGCUGCUGCGGUUGGUGGAAGCGUCUUCGGGGAGCAUUCACAUCGAUGGUGUGGACAUUGCAUCGCUGCCCCUCGCCACCCUGCGAAGCAAGCCAGCACAGCAGCACAGUGACGAGGCCCUGUGGUCGGUGCUGGCAACGGUGCACCUAAAGCCGCUGGUGGCGGGGCUGCUGGGGGGGUUAGAGGGUGCCCUGGCUCAGGGCGGGGGGAACCUCUCCCUGGGGCAGAGGCAACUGCUCUGCCUCGCAAGAGCGUUGCUGGCAUCAACACGCGUGUUGCUGAUGGAUGAAGCGACAGCGAGCAUGGAUGGGGAGAGCGAUGCAGCGAUCAAAUCCAUCCUGCGGGAGUCAUUCAAGCACAGCACCGUCAUCACCAUUGCACACCGGCUCUCCACGGUUCUUGAUUACGACCAGGCAAGUCAGAAGAGUGUUGAAUGUGCCCCUUGCUCACGUCCAUGUAUGUGUGUGCGCACACCCAUCAUGCCCACGUCUGUGAGUGCAUGUGCGCACACCUUCGUGCCAACGUCUGUGAGUGCAUGUGCGCACACCUUCAUGCCAACGUCUGUGAGUGCAUGUGUGCACACCUUCAUGCCAACGUCUGUGAGUGCAUGUGCGCACACCUUCAUGCCAACGUCUGUGAGUGCAUGUGCGCACACCUUCGUGCCAACACCCUACGCACGCACACCCCACGCCUCCUUACGCGUGUCCUCCCUUGCUGAAGCCGGAACCUUCAUCUUCGUGGUGAAGGCCAGUUCAUCGCCUUCGAUCGACUCGCAUGACUCAUCACUCUCAGACCGCUUCAAGUCCGACUUCUCCGACUCUCUCACGAUCAGCCGCUUGAUGAACGGCGGGAAGAACGGCCAUAGUCGUUGCCGGAGCUCGGGCAGCCGCCAAUCGUCGCACGUGACUACCCCGCGGCAGAUCGACGCGCCGCAGUGGCAACUGAAAUUAUCGCUGCUGGUGCGGACGACGCCUGCGUUCGCGCUACCGUAG